AUGCGUUUCAAUAACAACCUCCUCUUGGUCGCCUCCUUCCUCGGCGUCGCAACCGCCUAUCGUCGAACCUGCAAGCCCGACACCACCGGCGCCGUUCAAGGCCUCGGCUCUUAUACUCUUACAGACUCCGACAAUUGGAGUAUUGUCGCGGCUGACUUUUGCACCACUUUAGCACAGGUGCAAAGCUUGAACUCUAGCCCCGCUUCCGAAAAAAGAGAAACUUUAACAGUUCCUUGCAGAGAGCGAAAGCGCGAUUGCGCUAGGAUCUCGAGCAGUAAUGAAUUUGGGUACUAUACGGUCGUCGAUGGCGACCAAUUGUCAGCUAUUGCGUCAGAUUUCUGCAUACCUGUCGAUGCUUUGCAAACCACAAACUCCAACGUUGCGAGCACUAUAACCACCCCUGGCACGAUCUUGAAAGUUCCUUGCUCUUGGAACUAG